AUGGCUUCUUCUUCUUCCACUACGGUUGAAGUGAACAAGCAUGAGGUAUUCCUCAGUUUCUGUGGUGAUGACACCCGCCACACGUUUGCCAACACUUUACAUGAAAUUUUGCAGAGCACUGGUAUUGAUGUUUUCAUCGAUUACAGUUUUCAGAGAGGAGAGCACAUUUCUUCAUAUCUUAUGAAGAAAAUUUCGCAUUCCAUGAUUUCAGUUGUCAUUUUCUCGAAAGGUUAUGCAUCUUCAAGAUGGUGUCUGGAAGAACUUGUGAAGAUCUUGGAGUGCAGGAAUACGGAAAAACAGGUGGUAAUACCAGUUUUCUAUCGUGUCAAUCCAUCAGAUGUAAGGCAUCAAACUGGAUAUUUCGGAGACGGAUUUGCAAAUCUUCUAGUAAGUAUGGAUGAGGGGAAGUUAGAGAGGGUACAAAGGACAGAAGAACAAUGUGAAGAGAAGGUGCUGCAGUGGAAGAAUGCUUUGAGAGAAGCAGCUAAUAUAUCCGGCCGAUCAACUGAAGAGGACCCGUAA